AGAGAGCGUGUGUGUAUGCGUGUGUAUGUGUGUGUGGAAAAAGGAAGCGGAGCCUGUAAACGGCGAACUCGCUGGUUUCCUACCCCUCGAAACAACUACCAGCGCCGCGUUACUUUUCAUGUGGACGCUAUCAGCGACAGCGACACGGCCGAGGGGACAGGAGCCGUUUCGAGGGGGGGGGGGGCUGGUUAACGUUAUAGUGCCUUUUUUCCGCUCGGCGAUCUCGGACGUGAAUAGUCCAUCAGUAAAGUGAAACCGUCUUUUGUUGAAGCAAGUGCUCGCCUGAGCCCCUCCGUGCGGGCAGCGGGUUUUAAAAAAAAGAAACCGGGGAUAAGAAAAAAAAAGAAAGUGUCCGUGUUCGCCUCGUUGUGUCCCGGUUCUUGGAUUUGGCCCAGCUGGCUUAAGUUCGUCGGGUCAUCUCGGGCAAGGAUCGCGUUUUCAACUUGUUUGCAGCAGUCUGUGGGACUCCAAGAAUCAGCAGACUGGCGGCUUUUCUGAAACACUGGGGUUGUUGGUGUGGCCAAAUUUUCCCUGGAUUUGACUGGUAAAUUCAGAAGACUGAAGCCCAGGCUCACAGUCUACCUUUCACGGAGGCCCAGCCGUGAGAGGACUGAGGAAGGCACGUGGCGGAUCAUGACGGCCGACAAAGAGAAGGAGAGGGAGAAAGAGCGGGACAGAGACAGAGACAGGGACCGGGACAAGAGAGAGGCCGGUAAGUCCCGGCGGCAGGACGGGGACCGGGGCGACCGUGAGAGCGAGAGCUCCAGGCCCCGACGCAGCUGUACGCUGGAGGGCGGGGCCAAGAACUAUGCAGAGAGCGAGCACAGCGAGGAUGAGGACAACGACAAUGGCAGCACAGGCGGAGGCAGUGGCACGGCCGAGGAGGCUGGCAAGAAGGGCAAGAAGAAGACGCCGAAGAAGAAGUCGCGAUACGAGCGCACAGAGAACGGAGAAAUCACGUCCUUCAUCACAGAAGACGAUGUUGUUUACAGACCUGGAGAUUGUGUGUACAUUGAAAGUCGGCGGCCCAACACUCCCUACUUCAUUUGUAGCAUUCAGGAUUUCAAGCUGAGUAAACGGGACCAUCUGCUGAUGAAUGUGAAAUGGUACUACCGCCAGUCAGAGGUGCCCGACUCUGUCUACCAGCACCUGGUGCAGGAUCGCAACAAUGAGAACGACUCUGGCCGGGAGCUGGUCAUCACAGACCCAGUGGUCAGAAGUCGAGAGCUCUUCAUCUCUGACUAUGUGGACACUUAUCAUGCUGCUGCUCUCAGGGGGAAAUGCAACAUUUCCCAUUUCUCCGACAUUUUUGCUGCCAGGGAGUUCAAAGCCCGCAUCGACUCCUUUUUCUAUAUCCUCGGCUAUAACCCAGAGACCAGGCGACUAAACAGCACACAAGGGGAAAUCCGAGUGGGACCCAGUCACCAAGCCAAGCUCCCAGAGCUGCAACCUUUCCCCUCUCCUGGUGGCCAGGCUGUGACCGAGAAUGAGGAACUGGUCUGGAUGCCAGGGGUCAAUGACUGUGAUCUUCUCAUGUACCUCAGAGCCGCAAGGAGCAUGGCUGCCUUUGCAGGGAUGUGUGACGGAGGCUCAACAGAAGAUGGGUGUCUAGCAGCCUCUCGAGAUGACACUACAUUAAACGCACUUAACACUCUUCACGAGAGCAGCUAUGAUGCGGGAAAAGCUCUCCAGCGUCUGGUGAAGAAGCCUGUACCCAAGCUGAUAGAGAAGUGCUGGUCCGAGGACGAAGUGAAGCGCUUCAUUAAAGGGUUGAGACAGUUCGGCAAAAACUUCUUCAGGAUCCGGAAAGAGCUGCUGCCCAACAAAGAAACGGGAGAGCUAAUCACCUUCUACUACUAUUGGAAGAAGACCCCCGAGGCCGCCAGUUGUCGAGCCCAUCGCAGACACCGCCGCCAGCCAGUCUUCCGCCGCAUCAAGACGCGAACCGCCUCAACUCCUGUCAACACUCCCUCACGCCCCCCCUCCAGCGAGUUCUUGGACCUCAGCUCAGCCAGCGAAGAUGACUUUGACAGUGAAGACAGCGAACAGGAGCUGAAGGGCUACGCCUGCCGCCACUGCUUCACUACCACCUCCAAGGACUGGCACCACGGGGGCCGGGAGAACAUCUUGCUGUGCACAGACUGCCGCAUUCACUUCAAGAAGUACGGUGAGCUGCCCCCCAUCGAGAAGCCUGUGGACCCUCCGCCAUUUAUGUUCAAACCUGUCAAAGAGGAAGAGGAUGGACUCAGCGGGAAGCAUAGCAUGAGGACCCGACGGAACCGAGGCUCGAUGUCGACGCUACGUAGUGGUCGUAAGAAGCAGACAGCCAGUCCUGAUGGCAGAGCCUCGCCUACCAACGAGGAUUUGCGCUCCAGCGGACGUACCUCACCCAGCGCAGCAAGCACUGACAGCACUGACAGCAAGACAGACUCCAUGAAGAAGCCCAGCAAGAAGAUUAAAGAGGAGGCUCCUUCACCUAUGAAGAGUGCCAAACGCCAGCGGGAGAAGGGAGCCUCAGACACAGAGGAGCCCGAGAGGGCCAGUGCCAAAAAGUCCAAGACACAGGAGUUGAGUCGGCCCGACUCGCCCUCAGAAUGCGAGGGGGAAGGGGAAGGCGAGGGCGAGAGCUCUGAUGGCCGCAGCAUCAACGAGGAGCUCAGUAGCGAUCCUAAAGACAUUGACCAGGACAACCGGAGCUCCUCCCCGAGCAUCCCCAGCCCGCGUGACAAUGAGAGCGACUCAGACUCCUCUGCCCAGCAGCAGCAGCUCCUGCAGAGCCAGCACCCUCCGGUCAUCCAGUGUCAGCCGGGCACCUCAGCCGCCACCUCAGCACCCCCUCCACCUACAACCUCAGCCCCCUCACUUCCCCCACAGGUCUCCCCCACAGCAGCCUCCACCUCUCUACCUCCCCAGCCUCUGCCCCAGGCAAGCCCGAUGUCUCUUAUCCAGUCAGGAGCGUCCCUCCACCCUCAAAGGCUUCCCUCUCCACAUUCACCUAUGACUCAGGCCCCGCCUCCUGGCCCCCCAGUCCCACCUCAAUCAUUACCCAGCUCGCAUCACGGGCCCAUGCCUCCCAUGCCACAUCCACUUCAGCCUGGCCCCUCACACAUGCCUCACCCUCACUCCAUGCCCCCCCAGGGCUUCCCUGUGAAUCAGUCUCAGGUCCCACCCCUGCCAAUCUCUGGCCAAUCACAGCAGAGGCCACACACGCCUCCAUCCCAGUCAUCAGCUCAGAGUGGAGGCCAACCUCCCAGAGAGCAGCCCCUGCCCCCUGCCCCAAUGUCCAUGCCUCACAUCAAGCCCCCGCCAACCACACCCAUCCCUCAGAUAUCCAACCCACAGUCCCACAAACACCCACCCCACGUGUCAGCACCUCCAUUCCCUCAGAUGCCUUCAAACCUGCCUCCACCUCCUGCCCUCAAGCCCCUCAGCUCUUUAUCCACCCACCACCCUCCAUCAGCACACCCACCUCCCCUCCAGCUCAUGCCUCAGGGGCAGCAGCUUCAGCCCCCCCCAGCCCAGCCUCCAGUCCUCACUCAGUCCCAGAGCCUCCCACCAUCAGCCAGCCACCAACCUCCUCCAGCUCCUCCUCUGCCGCCCUCCGCAGCAGCCUCACACCCAAACGGGCCACCGCAGCCGCCAUUCUCGUCUCAUCCUUUCAAUACAGUUCUACCUCCGACGGGCCCUCCCCCAUCCUCAUCAAACUCUAUGCCUGGCAUACAGCCUUCCUCUUCCUCAACUCCAUCCUCCUCCAUCUCUAUGCCACUGCCUGCCUCGGUCGCUUGUGCCGGCCCGGGCCCGACACUCCCACCCGUACACAUCAAAGAAGAGCCUCUGGAUGAGACAGAAGAGCCAGAGAGCCCUCCACCCCCUCAGAGAAGCCCCUCCCCAGAGCCCACUGUCGUCAAUACGCCCAGCCAUGCCAGCCAGUCAGCACGGUUCUACAAGCACCUGGACCGGGGUUACAACUCGUGUGCGAGGACAGAUUUCUACUUCACUCCCCUGGCUUCAUCCAAACUGGCCAAGAAGCGAGAGGAAGCUCUGGAGAAAGCCAAGAGGGAAGCAGAACAGAAAGCAAGGGAAGAGAAGGAGAGGGAGAGGGAGAGGGAAAAAGAGCGAGAAAGAGAGCGGGAACGAGAAAAGGAAGCAGAGCGAGCCGCGAAAGCCUCCAGUUCCUCUCAUGAGGGCAGAAUGGGUGAACCUCAGAUGGCCGGCCCCGCCCACAUGCGUCCACCCUUCGACGGCCCCCCCACUACGAUUGCAGCUGUGCCUCCGUACAUUGGCCCCGACACCCCUGCCCUGCGCACCCUCAGCGAGUACGCGCGACCUCACGUCAUGUCCCCCACCAAUCGAAACCACCCGUUCUUUGUGUCCCUCAACCCCGCAGACCCCCUGCUGGCCUAUCACAUGCCCAGCUUGUACAAUGCUGACCCCGCCAUGCGUGAGCGCGAGCUACGAGAGCGGGAGAUGCGAGAGAGGGAGAUUCGUGAGAGGGAGCUGAGGGAAAGGAUGAAACCUGGUUUCGAGGUUAAGCCUCCAGAGAUGGACACACUCCACCCUUCCACAAAUCCCAUGGAGCACUUUGCCCGGCACGGGGCCAUCACGUUGCCCCCCAUGGCCGGCCCUCACCCCUUUGCCUCCUUGCAUCCAGGCCUGAACCCAUUAGAGCGUGAGCGGCUGGCCCUCGCCGGGCCCCAGCUGCGGCCAGAAAUGAGCUACCCAGAGAGGUUGGCUGCAGAGAGACUCCAUGCUGAGAGGAUGGCCACAGUGGCCAACGACCCCAUCGCCCGUCUACAGAUGUUCAAUGUCACGCCACACCACCACCAGCACUCACAUAUUCACUCCCAUCUCCACCUCCACCAGCAAGAUCCUCUUCACCAAGGUGGUGGUGAAUGUCUUGUGUGUCCUCCAGGUUCGGGGGCCCAUCCCCUGGCAGUAGAUCCCUUGGCAGCAGGACCUCACCUGGCCCGCUUCCCUUACCCGCCCGGCGCUAUCCCCAACCCUCUCCUCGGCCAGCCACCGCAUGAACACGAGAUGCUGCGCCACCCAGUCUUCGGUACUCCAUACCCACGGGAUCUACCAGGGGGCCUGCCACCGCCCAUGUCCGCAGCACACCAGCUGCAGGCCAUGCAUGCCCAGUCAGCUGAGCUCCAGAGGCUGGCCAUGGAGCAGCAGUGGCUCCACGGCCACCACCACAUGCACGGAGGACCACUGCCUGGCCAGGAGGACUAUUACAGCCGGCUGAAGAAGGAGAGUGACAAGCAGCUGUAGCCAGCCAAGGGAGGCAGCGACUGACAGGUGCAGGACACGGGAAGUUGUUACAGAGUUGUUACAUUCAGUUUUGAAGAACAGAAAAGGCCAAGUGGAUCGUCUGAGAAUUCUUCUGAUAUUUGGUUUCUGUUCCUGUCAAGGACUUUUGUUUUUUUUUUUUUUAAUUAUUAUUUUUUCAAGACAUUGACUUUCUUUGGUAUAUAGCCAGUAGUGACAACGUCCUCAAGACUCCUGCAUGACAAGCUUCCCUGACGUUUUUUUUGUAGGUGCUAGAACAAGACACUGUGCUUAUCAACAAAAAAAAAAGAAAGAAAAAAAAAAAAAGACAAGACCGG